AGAAAGAAGAGAACCAUUCCUCCACCAGGCUCAUUCAGGACAAGAAGCAGCGUCAGCUCCUGCUUAAACCAAAUACAAACAGGAGAAAUGGACUUUCUCAUGCCACCAACUGUAUUAAGUGCCAGUAUCCCUUGGGAGAAGGUUCUACCACCACUUGUCCCUCGUCUAAAUGGGACUUAUGGUUAUUAUAACUGGUCCCCAUCAUUACUGAUGCCAGAGAGCAACGAUGGCAGCUCUGCAGAGGUCUCCUGUGACGACAGUGGAUUUAUGGUUCACGUUGAUGUGAAGCAUUUCAAACCGGAGGACCUACUGGUUAAAGUGGUGGGAGAUUUUGUCGAAGUGCAAGGAAAACAUGAAGAGCAGAAGAAGGAUGGUCCAGGCUUUACAUCGAUGCAGUUUAACCGCUGCUAUCGAAUCCCAAAGGGAGUGGACGUCAUGGCUCUGGAGUCAGCUGUCUCCCCAGAUGGCAUUCUUGUCAUUUCUGCUCCGAUGAAGCAAACUGAAAACACCAGACCCCUGACUUAACUCAAGCUUCUGCCAGUUUUACCAUAAAGUAAAAUAAA